UUGAUGUCAAUUUUAGGUGGAAUCAGACCACCCAGAGUACAGCUCAACAUUUAAGUCCACUAAGCAGUCUGUUACUGUGGAAUUUUCUUCACUGCAAGUAAAACUGCAUCAAGAAGCUCUGCUCAACAUCAUCGAUGUUUCAGCCAAAAUGCUGCCGCCUAGUGAAGAGACUCCAGCUCUAUUACUUGUGUCUGCUGACAGUACAAAAACGGAAGGCAGAGAUGAAAAUAAAACGUCUGAGCUAUCUACGCCUAAAGGCAAAAAGAAGAGAGAUAGUAAAGAUGAAAUACAGAUUGAAGUGACGGCAAAGCUGGGAGGAAUCGAUGUUACAGUGACAUCUGUUGAGGGUGAUUUGACGCAUGUAAUUAUUGGAGAGUUAUCCGCUGGCUGUGUUGUUAGAGACAGCAGAACAGACGUUACGGCCAGUAUGAAAACUUUGUCAGUGAUGGAUUCUACACCUGGGGCGAUAUAUCCGAACAUAGUAUCCAUCGUGAACGAGGAGUUGUUUAGCCUUCAGGUUAUUACACACAAUAAUGCAACUGCCGGCAUCAAGUUUAGAGACAUGGAAGCUGUAGAUCUGAAAUUCGAGAUGGCAAUUGGUUGUAUCCGUGUCAUCUUCCUAAACAAAUUUGUCAUGAGGCUGCUGGACUUUUUGAACAAGUUUCAGCGGGCAAAGGAUGCCAUGGAGUAUGCCAGAAAAACUGCAGCUGAGUCAGCCAGUGCAACAAUUCAGAGUUUGCAAACUCAAAGCUCAAGAAUAAGCUUGAAAGUUUCUAUCCAAGCACCUGAGGUUAUCAUCCCUGUGAGUGCGACGUCUCGCGAUGCACUUGUUGCAAAUCUCGGUCACCUUAGUGUGUCAAACACCUUCAACCUUGCACAUGAUGGGGAGGAUCCUGAAGGAAGUGAUACUGUUGUUAUUGACAACAUGGUGGUGGAUCUUAGUUCUGUAAAACUGUUGAGAGCUGUGAUGACCGAUGGAGAAACCAUAGGACCUACUCAACUGGUCCUUGAACCAGCGAAUCUGACAGUUCAUGUGGCUCGAAACUUGUCUCCUUGGUAUCACGAUGUGCCUGAUAUCGAUGUGAAGGGAAAGCUUCAUGCAGUUAAGUUAUGUGCUGGUGAAGAUAAAAUAAGAACUAUACUAGGGAUCUUGUUCAAGAAUCUCAAUGAAGGAGUCACAUCUCGCACAGAUAUUUUUACAAUUGCAGAGGAGAUAAGCACCAUAGCACAAGAUACAGUUGAUUCCGCGGGCGUUGCCAGUCAAAGCCUGAGUGUUGCAGAACCAGCUUCGAGUGAUGUUGUGUGGGACUUUGUGAAAUUUUCAUUUGAUAUUGAAGAAGUUUCAGCUGCGGUGUUCUGGGAGGAAAAGCCUACCGGCACCACGUCAUCCAGAGAUGCAGAAUGCUGUUUAGGGCAGUUCUCGCUGGUCCAGGUUAAAGCCUCAGGGAGUAUCAAAUCCAACUCGGCAAUAAAGGCCAGUGUGACGUUAGAGAGUUGUAUUCUCGAUGAUAAAAGGCCGCAGAGUGAGGAAGGAGUCACAAGGAUGAUUGAAAAGUUUAGUGGUGGUUCAAGUGAUGUUGAAAACAUGAUCGAUAUUCAAUUCCAGCAAACUGCUGCACAGGACAAAAACAUUGAGAUGGCAAUACAGAGCUUCAACGCUGUAGUAAACUUGGAGUUUCUACUGGUUCUGUCUAAAGUGUUUACGUCAGCGUUAGCCACGGAUGAAUCAGACAGCACGUCAUUGCUUGCCUCUCAACACGUAUCUCAGGAGGUGGCCGUUACACAUCCAUCUGUAUCUGUUGCGACCACCGAUCACGAACCACCACAAAUCGACGUUAAGAUCGCCAUUAAAGACCCAGAAAUUAUCUUGCUAGCAGACGGAAGAGACAAAAAUACCAAUGCUCUCUUCUUGAAGAAUACAAUCGAUUUCCGCUUUGUUCAGGGUCUUGGACAGCAAAAGAUGUCGGGUUCUGUUUCAGAUGUCGUAAUUACCUCAGCAUCGUUUGACAAGGAGAGAAGAGCUUCAACGAAAUCCAGGGUUCUUCAGCUUUCGCAUAUAUCUUUUGUAAGCUCGGCACCAGAAGGCGGUAGCAUGCAUAUUGACGUAUCGACAGCAAUGGCGUACAUACACGUGUCGCCUCCUACAAUCGGGACAUUAACAGCGUGUCUGAUGUCAUUAGCCCCAGCUAAGACGGAAGAAGAUGGAAAGAAGGCAACUGAAAGUGCUAUAGACUUAUGGAAUGAAAAGCCAAUUACGACUAAGGAUCGAUGGUAUUUAUCCCCAGUUCCAGAAGACCAGCUUGUUCCUGGGAGACGGGUGCUUGCCAGAGCUUUGACUAACAUGAAGUUUUAUGAUCCGGGAUAUAUUUACAAGGCUUUGGAAAACAUGAUUGGUGUCCACUUUGACGGCGGCCUCCACCGCGCCUAUGAUCCAAAUGACAUCACCGCUAUGAUGGUGGAUAAAGACCCUGAUCCUCACGCUCUGGUUGUUGGUACACCUGUGGUGGCCAAGCGUUCAAAUGAUUCAUCUCAUGUCGAAGGAAAAGUGAAAGAGAGGAAAGAGGAGAAUGGAAAGGAAACAUAUUUAAUUGACUUUUGGGAUGGCAUCGAACAAUGGGACACUCUAGAUCAGAUUCGUAUUCUCACCACCAAUAAGCCAGGAGUUCCUAGGGGGCAGAUUGAAGUGUCAUCCAUCGUAUUUGUCAGAUUAAAAGACGACAUGUACAGGAGAGGUUUUAUCUCCAGCAAAACAUACAGGAAACAUGUGAUACGGUUAAUCGGUGAAGUGGCCACUAUCAGUGUGGACGCUAACGACAGUGCGGCGGUAGUACCAGAUGUCAUCCCAGAUGCAGCUUCUCUUACUGUUGGAAGAACAGUUAUUGCUACAGUUGACACUGCUUUUUGGGAGGCGGGAUUUAUUGUUCAGAUUCGGACACGAGAUGAAUCAGGACAGGACAUUUACCGCGUCAGGUUCUUAAAUGGUGGCGAUACGUGGAUUUUUAACAUCAACAACAUCCGUAUCUUGAUGGCAAGGAAACCUAAUGUCCCAGAAGGCAUUUUAGACGUAGGCACAGUGGUGUGGGCACACACGUCCAAAAUACGUUACUACAAAGGAUUUGUCGCCUACAAAGGAACAAAGCUGCAUGUUGAUCUCUAUGACGGAGAUAAAUUUGUGUACGAAAUGAAAGAUGCGUCACGCAGAGUGAUUCCUGAUGUGCCGCCAAAGGCGGCAGAUAUCAAACCUGGAACCAGAGUCAUAGCCAAGUUUAAGAACAAGCCUCGGUACUACAGUUCUACAGUGAUGGAGGUGGACGCCUCUGAGCCAAGCGAACCGAUGUAUCAUGUGAAGCUUGACGAUGGAGAUGAGACGUGGGAUUCUUUGUAUCAUCUCAGACUUUUACCCAAAGAGGUUCAAGUUGGAGGUGAGGAGAAGCCUCCUAACCAUGUUAAUGCCAACGAGGCUGGGAACCAUAAAACAGAAUUGUUGCUUUUUGAAAUGGAAGGAUUUGACAUCAAGCUAGAAGGUUUGUUUGGCAGCCAAGUGAUUCCAUUGCUGUCCGUUGAUGGAUCCAUCCAAGGAGAAGUUCGGAACUGGUCUUCGGCGUUGUCAGUCCAUGCUGGAGUCGACGUCAUUGGAAACUACUUCAACGAAAGUGUGUCUGAAUGGGAACCUCUUAUUGAGCCGGUGGAGGAUGAAUCUUUAGCAAAUGGUGGAGAUGAAAGCAGCAGUUUGGAUGACAAUUCAGAGGCAGCCAUGACUAUGGCAGUUCGAUCAAAGGAUGAAUUACAGCUGACUGUUACAAAAACAUGUCUGGACAUCUUCACUAAACUCGGAGCGGCUUUCAAAGAGGCUGUUACCCUGAAGGGUACAGGAGUGGUAGCCAUUGAAGAUGUUCCACCCUAUCAGAUAUGGAAUGAGCUUGGAAUGGAAGUGAAGCUUCGUCCGGGAAAACAGCUGAUUGCAAGUGGAGCUGAUCAAGAUGGCAUGGUUACUGUGCUUCCUGGACAAAGCCUUUCCCUACGCUUUGCCAAAGGAAUUCACAAGAGAACCAGCCGAUACGAAAGAGCAAAUAGUACUUCCGGAGGAGGGGGGCCUAGUAUUGGUGUUGAGGUGCAGGGCUAUCAUGAGAUGAAGCCUGUCUCAAUCAAACAAGCAAGAGUUAUCUUGCAAAAUGUCGUCCCAAAAAAGCUCCUCUCUGGAUUGAUUGUAUCAGUUGUGAUUCAAGUGGAAACUGGAGACGGCCAGAAGUUAGUUACUAUCAGAUCACCCUUACAGGUGAACAACCACUUCCCGAUCCCAAUGGACUUAUUUUGCAAGAUGGAAGAUCAGUUGUCCCGUGUUACAACAAUUGAACCAGACAGUGUGUUCAGUGUUCCCCUGAUACUGGCUCACAAGGCUGCACUUUACCUUAGACCUGCCGGAUUCGGGUAUGGAGCGAGUACGACACCGCUGUUGUGGAACAAGUUAGCAUCUGAGGGGUCUUCUUCAGUCCAGUGUCCACCCCCGGGCGGCGACGGACCACCUUUUCAUAUCGCGGUUGAUUGUGAACAAGUG